AUGAUCACGGGGGAGAUACCAAAGCCAAUUGGAAAACUCAACAAGCUGCAAAGAGUUAAUCUUUAUAACAACAAGUUAUAUGGACCACUUUCAGAGAAUUUAGGAUAUUCAUUUCCAAUGUUAGAAACUCUUCACAUUACGGAUAACAUGUUAGAAGGCAUAGUGACGGAAAAUCACUUUGUUAAUCUCACCAUGUUGGGGUAUUUACAAGCAUCUGAAAAUAGAUUAACGUUGAAUAUCUUUCCAAUAACAACCUCUGGUGUGAUUCCUUGGUGUCUUAAAAAUCUCAUUGCAAUGAUCAGUGAAGAGGCAAUUCAAGAUGGAGAAUUUGAAAUAGGUUAUUCACCUUAUGCAUGGGGAUUUGGUGAAAGUGCUAUAGUGACGACCAAAGGGCAAGAGUAUGAGUAUUACACAAUCAUUCUAACGUUAUUUGUUGGCAUGGAUCUUUCAAGUAACAAUUUUUCUGGGGACAUUCCAAUUGAAUUGGCCAGAAACAACUUAACAAGAAAUAUCCCCAUGGAAAUGGGAAACAUGAGAUUCUUAGAAUCUCUUGAUCUUUCGAGAAAUCAACUUUCAGGAAAAAUUUCCUCUAGUUUCUCAAGUCUGUGCACUCUAGAAGUUUUGGACUUGUCAUAUAACAACCUAUCUGGGAAGAUACCUUCAGGUACUCAACUUCAAGAUUUUAAUGCUUCAUGCUACAUCGGUAACAACCUCUGUGGCCCUCCACUCUUACAAAGUUGUAGUGUUGAUGAGGGCAAAAUUCCAAAAAAUGAAAAUAAAGGAGAUGAUAGUUCUGAAGUAGUGGAUUGGUUUUAUGUUAGCAUGGCUAUAGGAUUUGCAGUGAGCUUUUGGGCGUUCUGUGGUUCUUUGCUUCUUGUGAGACCUUGGAGGAUUGUUUAUUUUCAAUUUUUAGAUGACAAGUUGAAGUCUGUUGGGCACAUGCUCUGA